AUGCCGGCUAGAAUGCAGGAGUCCGCGACCCUUUUGUUAGCAAAAUUUACCGUGUCGACGACGUCAAAGAGCUAUUCCAUUUUAACUCGCAUGAUGCGGAAUUGCGGCGGUCACGACUGCAAGCUGCAGGAAUACAUUUUAAAGGGGAAAUAUCUGCGCGUUGAAUGUUUUGGUGCUGGGAAAACGAGUCCGGUUCUGCGGCAGGAAGGCUUAAUGAUGAAGGGGCCGGGCCCUCCUUGGGCGAAAGAAAAUUGUCCGGCGCUCUUGAAAUGUGACGUCGCUCUUGCACCCCAGAAAUCUCUUUUAAUUUACGAAUUAGGGUUCAUGCAAACGGCAAUCCGGCCCGUCACGAUUCCGAUGUUGGCUCUAAUAAGCCUGGCCCAAGCCAUCCCGAAGUCAGGAAUUGUCGGUGACGCACUAUCUGGACAAGAUUUCGGGGGUAAUCACGGCGAUUUCUACGGCAGAUUGCCCUACGAUAUGCUUGUAGAACAAUACGGACUCUCACCGAGGGAUCUCGAAUAUUUCGGUCACAUGGGCAUCUACCCGCUCUCUACCGGAGGUUGCUCCUGCCCCAGACCGCUCAUCCCCCAAAUCAUGGGCGAUUUCUCCGGACAAUACCCCAACAAACGCCCUCACGGAAACAACUACCACCACUCCAACGGGGGAAAGCACCAACAUCAACACCAAAUGGGCGGUUACAACUCGGACGAUCACCACAUGGACAAUUUCGAUCACCAUAUGGGCGAUCAUUUGGACGAACACCAUUUGGGCGACAUUUUCGAUGAUCACCACAUGGGCGAUCAUUUGAACGAUCACCAUAUGGGCGAGCAUUACGGGAACUCGGGCGACCAACACCACGGGGGCUACGGGAACGGACACAAAGACAUGCAGAUGGGGGAUUUGCCGUAUUUGAGCGGUAGAGGAAAUUUCGAGGAGGACCCGAAGGUUGGAGAUGCUAAAAAAGAGCCUGUAGUACCAAUGCUCCAGAGACCUUCGAAUGUUGGGCAGGUACUCAGUAAACCCAUUUCUGGUCGAAAAAGAAAAGGUUUCCGCGUCCGGAAAAAAGGGAAAAUAGGCGCGUUGUGCGCGCACGGCGUCCUCUCCGGCCGUCGAGACGCCGGUAUACGCGUAGCAGAGACGCUCAUUCCGGAUUGCGACGCGCUCGCGUUUUCGUUCCUCUCCAUCCCGUUGCCCCGCGAAUCACGUCCGAAUUUUCGAUCGGUAACUGAAAUUUCCAAGCCAUAUCCAAAGACAUAUCGUCGCGACUGUACUGAUUUAUUCCUCCACCAAAAGACUGCCGUUUGCCCGAUAAUCGGGCAAAAGUUAAUUCGUCCACUCGAAGAAGCCUCCAAAGGAAGCACGUAA